ACAUCCGUUCUGGACACUCAGUCGGCACCUUCGACGCUCAGUACGGCAGCGAGCUUUAGCGGAAGUGGAACAAACCGAGCGGAAACAGACUCACGCGACACAAAAAGAAAAAAAUCGAGUCGUACCCCGCACGAAUAUGAAAAAAGUUUUGCAUCAACAAAUAUAACACUGAUAAAGGCAGCUCGGCAUAGUAGUAAAGUUUAUGAAUGGCAAUGACAAAUCGUAAUUACCAAGCACUCUUUGUGUGAACUUGGUUGGUAUCGGUUGCCAUUUUCAAUCAGCGCGGCGGCUCUUCUCGGCUCCCCAGAUUCAGUGGCAGUUGCAGGGUCUGUUUCGGUAUCUGUAUCUGUCGGUGUCGCAUUUGAUAGGAAGGAAAGACCCGGCUGUAAUUAUGACUGCGUGAAGAAAUCAAUACGAGGAUGGCCAGUAAGCCCAUGAGCAGCAGCUGCCAGAGCAUUGCGACUGCUGCCAGCAGCGCGGCCACCACGGCGGCAGCGGUGUCCAUCUCGGCAUCGAAUGCCACCUCGGUGGGGUCUCUCAUAGCCGCCGCUUGCCAGCAGCAACAAUCGCAAUCCCAAUCCCAGCAGCAGCACUAUCACACGACCCAUCAGCAGCCUUCCCAUUAUGUGAACGGCACCGGUAGCCUGGGACGCCUCAAGUUCCACAAGAGCCUCGAUGCCAGCGACGAGGAGAUCGAGUAUGCGCAGCUAUCUCGUUCGACCCAUAUCCUGGGGCGGUAUAAAUCGGAACGCUUUCUCGCCUCCAAGCCGGACGAGGAUCGUAGGCGGCGCACCAUUAUUGUGGAAAAGAAAAACGAUUCCUAUGGAUUCACCCUUCAGAGCUACGGUAUCCACUAUAAGCGGGACGAGGAGCUGGAGAUGAUUACAUACGUGGACUACGUGGAGUACGGAGGUCCUGCCUACCGGGCAGGGAUGCGCGAGGGCGAUGUCAUACUCUCCAUCAAUGGCAGCGACAUGGAGAAGGCCGACCACAAAACCAUUGUGGAGUUCAUCAAGCAGUGCGACAGCAGAAUGCGAAUGGUCGUCCUCUUUGAGGAUUGUGUCCGGAAGGUGGACCUCCAUAUGCGUUACAUCCAGCUGCAGAGCAUGCUGCAGCAAAAGAUGAACGAGCUGGAGAGGGUUCAUCUUCGGGAGCGUGAGCUGUUGGAGGGUAAGUGGAAAACGCACAGUCUGCCGGCCCGGAAAAAGGCCAACGCUAAUACCUCGCCCAGCGAGGGAGAGGGUGCUUCGCCCACGGAAGGCGGUGGCGAAGCGGGGUUCUAUCGCCCGGCUCUGUCCACCGAGGAUGUAGCCAACAUUGCGGCGCGUCAGCAGGCAGCUGGAGGAGCUGGUAUCAUUCCACCUCCGGCUCAGUUCAUGCUCACCUACCACUACUUGGAUCCCACUUACCGCUACGUUCUUCGACCGACACACGGCAGUUCCGAGGACUAUAUCGACGGCUUGGGGCUCCAGCGCAGCAGCAGUGAUCACCAGCAGGCUGGGCAGCGAUUCAUUCUCCAGCGCACAGAGUCGGUGGACACAAAUACGAACACAAUAACCCAACCAACGACUACGGCACCCACGCAAUACCACAGUGCCACCGGGGGAUCAGGCAAACCCCCAGCUCCACCGCCCCGCACCUGCGAGAAACACAAGCCGCCAGCCAAGCCUCCCAAAACCGAGAAGGAAAAGCACUGCCACGUCGGCCACUCGUGCAAUCCUUGCCUGGGUCAUUUUCGAUGGAAGUCCGCUGGGAAGGCAGCCGUACCAGCACCCGACAAUGUCAGUCUGGAUGCAUACGACCUAGCCAGCCCCUGCUGUGACACACAUUGUGUGCCGACUAGAAGGCGUCAUCGCCAGCACAAGGAGCACUCCCACAAGCACAAGCAUAGGGAGAGGGAGCGGGAACGUGUAGAGGCAAAGGAGCAGAGGGUCCGACCCAAGUCCCAGUCCCAUGCCUCGCCCAGUGCCAAUGGAAGUGUGGGAAAUACUGGAUCCGGACAUCACCACCAUCACCAUCACCACCAUCACAGUCACGACCAGCAGGUGAAGCAGCAGCAACAGCAGCACCACUUGCAGGGUGUGCCCCAUCACCACCACUAUCCCCACCAGGUGCAGAAUUCCUGUCAGGUGCAGUCCCAAGCGGGCAGUACUAGGUCUCGAUACUUUGAUUUGGCGUCUGGCUUGGCUAGUCACUGCAGCCUGCACUCCUGCACCUCAAGUGAGUUUGCUCCAGGGGACUCUGCCUCAUACACGACUUCCAUCAGCACCGACACCUUGUUCUGGGAUCCCAAGAGCGAGACGGGUCAGUCCAGACAGCACUCCACAAAGUCCAGACAAUCGUACGAGCAGCAAGUGCAGCCGCACCAGGGCCAUCACCACCACCACCAUCCUCAACAAGGCGAGUACCAACAGCGUUAUCACGUAGCCGCCAGCCAAAUGCAGCCAUCUCAGAUUUACCCCAACACCAUCGCGUACGUCCAAAAGCCCAAGUCGUGGGACAACCUGGCCAACAAAACGGGCUACAAUUACGGAUACGGGUACCUGGACACGGUGGCUGUUCCUCCGGUGAAGAUGCAGAUUGCCCAGCAGCGCCACUCCAUGCCACGGAGAAACCCCUACGGCCGAUACUCUACUUAUGGCGAUGUGGAGAACUACGCUCCGCCGCCAACCGAGUUCGUGGGCGAGCUGACCACCACCACAACGACCACCAUAACGGCCAAGUCGACGGAGGAGCUCCUAGCUGCCUGCGACUGUUUGACCCCCCAGCAACAGGCGGCCAUUAAGGCGGCCCAGUACCAGCUCAGCCAGAACCAGAAACUGACCCACCAGAACUCCUGCCAGAUGGGCUACUACUCGCACCUGCCACCGCCCACUGCCGACGUGGGCACCUCCACCAGCAGCCAGCAGGUGCACGGCCAUGCAGGAGACGUCCAGACAGUUUCUGAGGCCACACGGUUGUAGGUGACCCUCGUCUAGGCGGAAAAGGAGCCCAGAAAUAUGGGGCAGAGAUAAACAGGAACCGUCUAAAGAAAAUAAGAGUGCAUUUUGAGUUGAAGAUCAAUGGGGAACAGUUCGAUUAGAAUGAUUAUACAACCAAAUGAUUAAAAGAUCGAGCUAUAAUUUUUAUUGGCCAAUUGCAAGUCAUCAUUUAGACUGAAUAUUAAAGGAUUAUUUGCACAACUCUUUUUUUCAGAUCUUCAUUAAUGAACACUGAUCCAUUCUUCUCUAAAUCAAUGCACUUACUAUUAAUUCCGUUCGCUUCUCGAAAACCAUACAUCGAAAUAACUAAAAAUGGUAACCAAAGCCAAAUUUUAAAACCAAGAAGAUUGAAUCAAUAUGUAGCUAAAAUAUUCCAAUGUAUAAUCAGUUAGUUUCAAAUUCAUAAGAUGUAGUUAAAAGGAAAAAUAUUUAAGAGACAAUACACAGAAGAAAGAGUUAAAGCGCAGAGUAGAUUAUUCAGAAUUUAUUUCGAAUUUAUGAUAAGGGUAGGCUA